AAGUUGUGCCUGCUGCUCUCAGUGAGGAGAGCUGCAGGCCCUGUCCGUGUCCCUGCAGGUCGCUGGCCCUGGGCCAGCAGUACAGCUCCCUGGGCUCCCAGCCCAUCCUCUGCGGCUCCAUCCCCGGCCUGGUCCCCAAGCAGCUCCGCUUCUGCCGCAACUACAUCGAGAUCAUGCCCAGCGUGGCCGAGGGGGUGAAGCUGGGCAUCCAGGAGUGCCAGCACCAGUUCCGGGGCCGCCGCUGGAACUGCACCACCAUCGACGACAGCCUGGCCAUCUUCGGGCCCGUCCUGGACAAAGCCACUCGAGAAUCUGCCUUCGUGCACGCCAUCGCCUCGGCUGGAGUGGCCUUCGCUGUCACCCGCUCCUGCGCCGAGGGCACCUCCACCAUCUGUGGCUGCGACUCCCACCACAAGGGACCCCCGGGGGACGGCUGGAAGUGGGGCGGGUGCAGCGAGGACGCCGACUUCGGCGUGCUGGUGUCCCGGGAGUUCGCAGACGCGCGGGAGAACCGGCCGGACGCGCGCUCCGCCAUGAACAGGCACAACAACGAGGCCGGCCGGACGACCAUCCUGGACCACAUGCACCUCAAGUGCAAGUGCCACGGGCUCUCGGGGAGCUGCGAGGUCAAGACCUGCUGGUGGGCCCAGCCCGAUUUCCGGGCCAUCGGGGACUACCUGAAGGAUAAAUACGACAGCGCCUCGGAGAUGGUGGUGGAGAAGCACCGCGAGUCCCGCGGCUGGGUGGAAACUCUCAGGGCCAAGUACGCGCUUUUCAAGCCGCCGACGGAGCGGGACCUGGUCUACUACGAGAACUCCCCCAAUUUCUGUGAGCCCAACCCGGAGACGGGCUCCUUUGGGACGAGGGACAGAACGUGCAACGUCACCUCCCACGGCAUCGACGGCUGCGACCUCCUGUGCUGCGGGCGGGGCCACAACACCCGGACUGAGAAGCGCAAGGAGAAGUGUCACUGCAUCUUCCACUGGUGCUGCUACGUCAGCUGCCAGGAGUGCACGCGGGUCUACGACGUCCAUACCUGCAAGUAAGCACAGGUGGGUCUGCACUGGUGGAGGGGGCUCCAGAGCAGGGCUGAGGGGUCCCUCAGCCCCGUGGUCAGCCCCACACGUGGCCUCACGCUGCAGAGGAUGGCACAAAACUCCUGGUGGCCCCAGCCAGGGCACCGAGAAGGCUCUGGGCACCUCACCCAGGCGAGGUGUGACUGCUGGUCCCUCGGGCAGGACAGACUGCCUGGGGAGGGCAGGACAUGACAGGGAGGGCAGGGACAGGACAGGGAGGGCAGGGACAGGUCAAGAUGCCCUGGAGAGCAGGGACAGGGCAGGGAAGGCAGGGACAGGACAGGCAGGCAGCAGAGACCAGCAAGGCACAGCCCCACGAGGCAGAGCUGCUGCCACAGCAGCCCCAGAGCUCCCAGCUCUGUCCUGCUCCACAGGUCCAGCCCCUGCAGGCACCAACACGGGGUUCAGGUGGAAAUGGGUUGUUCACAGUGAAAGCUCCCCCAGCUGCUGCUGUCCUGGUCUCAGCAGAUGCAGUGGGCAGAGGAGGAGCCCCCUGCCCAGCCCAGCUCCCUCCUCCCUGCUCCCAGGUGAUGCUGGAGAACCAAACCUGUCUGAACACACCAACAGAGCCCACGGGUGGUCUCUCCUUCCCCCUCCCCUCUGUCCUCUCUGCUCCCCCUGCCCCACACCUCCCAUGGAGCACUGCAGGAAGGCAGAGCCCAGAGCUGACCCUCUGCACCUGGCCCAGGACAGGAGCAGGGCACAGGGCACUGCUGCCACCUCCUACAGGGCACAGCAUCGUCCCAGCCCCUCCUCACCAUGCAGCUGCCCAGGAGAGGAUUUUGGGGAUCAGGUCAGUACCUAUUGACUCUGCAUUCCCUAACAUGACUUUACACCCCAGAGGGAGCUCAGGGAUCUCUCUGGGGACAGGUUACCUGCCAGGUGAGCUGCUGCACCAGCUCUGAACAUGAGAGAUUCCAGGGAGAGAGGAAAUCUCUGUCCCAGCCUCCUUGUCUGCCUUCCCUCCAGCCAGGUGUGGCCCCACAGCACAAUGCCGGGCAGAGCCUUCCCCUGCCAGGGGAUUUACUGAGCUGUCAGCAAUCAUCCAGGAAGCUCCUGUGCCACGAGCAGGGAUUUGGGCCACAUUCCCCCACAUCCCACAGCCCACAGCCCAUCCCGUGCAGCAGAACCAGUGUUUGUCCCCCCCUGCUCCCCAGGCCACCCCUGUCCCUGAGCACAUCCCCUCUCCCUGGGUUACCUCCUCCAGGAGGACUGACCUGUGAAAUUAAUAAAUAAACACUCCCUCUGUGCUGGUGGGCUCCAGGACCUACAGCCAUGCUCAAACACAGCCCAGACAGUGAACUCCAGGGAGUGGGGCCACUGCGGCUGGGGCUGCUGCUCCACUCUCCCUUCUCCUGGGAGUGAGACCCCUGCAGCUGCACAGAGCAAUAAAGGGGAGAGACCCCUGGCAGGGAGCAGGGGGCCCUCAGGCAGAGCAGAACCCCAGGUCCCUCCCUGCAGAGCUCCAGAUCCCUUCAGAGCAGCCUUUGCUCCCGAAAAUUCAAAUCCCAGAGAACUCCAAAAGCCUCCCCCAGCCAGAGCCACGCCGUCCUCUGAUAUGCAUCUAUUUAAAGUAUAUAUUAAAUCCAUGUCUGGAAAGACUCCCAGUACCCGACUUUAAACAAAAUCCCUUCUUUGUUUGUUUGUUUUUUAAUCAAGAAAAGGUAUUUAAUAUUAAAUAGAACAUUUAUUGCCUUGUAAUUAUUUUACUGUAGCCAGGUAUUCUAGCACUGAAUGGAAGAUCUUUUUCCAUCAAUCUGCUGUAUCCAAAGUUUUGUAUAAAGUUGUAGAGGUCGAUUUUUUUUUUAUUUUAUAUUCAGAAAAUUUCUCUUUUUAUAAGCAUUAUUUAUUAUACAAUGUAUAUACUUGAGUUAACUAAGAUUAUAUAUUAUAUAAAUAUAUAUAUUUGGAGAAAAAUAUAUUUCAACUUCC